AUGAGUAACGUGUGUCAGCAACAACGACAACAACAACAACAUCAAGAAUUCAACGAAGUCUACGCAGAUAUUCUGAAGGCGUGCCAAUCAUUUUAUGAGCUUCCACGGAGCCCCUAUGCUUCAGCAUUGCAGCUUUCUCCAAGGCUUGAAGAUGGGCUCUUGGAGAUGAGCGAUUCAAACAACUCCGCUAACCCGCAGGAUCCUGACAUGGAUGCUAUCCAAUAUGAUGGUUGCUGUACUGUCCAUCAUCAUACGCCAAGAGCAAUGUCGGACUACGAGCAACGAACAGAGGCACAAAUUAUUCAAUCAUCAUGCCGACAACGAUGA